GCUUCCGCUCGAUCAAAUCUCACGAUGAAACUCCUGCCAGGUUUUUCGGUAUUUAGUCUUCUUCGAGUAGUGGGCUCGAUCGCCUCUGGGGAGAGUAUUCUAGUGUGGGACAGUGAAAAUGCGGACUUCAUUCCGAUUUGGCAUUUUUCGCUGUUCCGGGAUUUAAUUAUGAAGAAUCGUAAUAACAGUUUAGGGGUGGAGAAGGCUAGACUUCAGGGGCAGACUCUGCGGAUCGGCUAUCAUUCGGAGGUGAACUUAAUGACUUUUGAGAAUAAUGGCACGAAGAUCUCAGGGCUCCUGGGCGAUUUGUGGACUAUGCUCUCAGAUUUAUUGAAUUUUACGAUUGAAGCUGUGGAGGUACCUGAAGCUAAAUUCGGUGCCCAAUCGAGUGAAAGUCACAUUGGACUCAUGGGAUUGUUGCGACGUAAUGAAGUAGAUAUUAUACCCCGCGUAGCAUUCUACCGGAACACCAAUGAAGUGAUGGAUUAUUCCACCCCUCUAUGGACAAACAGCUUCAGGGUUUUCGUCAGACCGCAAUUUGACUCCGACGAUUCUUGGAUCUUCAAGACCUUCCCGUGGCCUUGUUGGAUUUCCAUCAUCACUUCAAUAGCACUCUUCAGUUUCUUUGGGACUUUAUUCGACAGGCUCACUGCCGCCAGAUUUCAAAGGAACAGUCUCCGGCAUCUACUCUUGGAACAUUUUUUUUACACGUUUGGAACAUUCUGCAAUCAAGGAGAUAUACCCGCCAACAUGGAGCGAUCCCGAUUAAUGGCUUUUUCCCGAAGGACAUGUGCCUGGCUGAUCAUAAGCAUUUUCAGUACAUCCCUCGUUGCAUCAAUGACUCAUAAAGAAAUGCAUCUGCCGUUCACCGGCAUUGCUUCUCUCCUUGCUAAAAGUGAUUUCAAACUUGUAGUCAACAACGCUUCCCUGGGAUUCAGCAAAUUCCACGACCUCAUCCUCCCGAAUUUUACGUCCCCCAAGUACAGCCGUAGAUUCGAAUUCACUCGUAUUGCUGAGGACAUGUACAGAAAGGGGUGCGGUAGCUCCGGUAAAAAAGCUAUUUUCGAGUCUGAAGACAGAUAUCGCGCCUGGGCUACUCGUACAUGCACAUUCAUCCCGACUCAAGAGACCUAUUUCUCAACGUGGAUCACUACCGGAAUGACUAAGGGAUUUGAAUACAAACGUCCGAUUGAUAAUGGGAUCCUGAAAAUAAUUGAAGUGGGUCUGCUAACCGCUCUGAAGGAUCGCUGGCUGAUUCCCCCAUUGACGUGGCCCCCCGACAAAUACGUAGUAGUGGGAAUGAAGAAAGUUUACAUCAUCUUCGUAGUGCUAUCGAUAGGAGUGAUGGUCUCUCUCAUGAUUUUCACGAUGGAGCACAUUGUUGUCAUACAUCGUCGUUACUAUCUGCGGAGGAAAUGGGAUAAGCAGCUUCGCAAGCGGGCGCGAAGACUAAAAGUCGCAUGGAGUCGUCGAAACCCCUUCGAGGAGAAGGGUAUUCUCGAGGACAGAAAUGCUUUCCUUCUUUGAGAAUGAAUACUUAACGAUAAAACAUGAUGCGCUCAGCUAAAUCGUGCAUUUGAAUUGAACUAACUUCACUCGAAAAUGCAUGAAAUAAUUUAAUUAAAAAACUAGGGCUUUCUCCAAGAAAUUCUAAUGA